GUCAGUGCUGCUAGCGGAAUAUUUAGUACGGAUAUGAAAUCGUGUGUCUUUUUUUAAUCCUUCUUCAAAACGACAAUCUGACAAAAGUUUCCGUCGCUAUUGGGGCUUGUCCGGACGGGACAGAGAAGUCAGGUUCGGCCCCCGGGAGCCGUGUAGAGGCUCGGUAACAUGGGCCUGUUGGCUAGAGUACGGAAAGAAUGGUUUAUUAUCGGUAUAGUGGCAGCAAUCGUGUCCGCGAAACUACAGCCUGCAGUUGGACUGAAAGGAGGUCCACUGAGACCAGAGUUCACAAUCACCUAUGUUGCGGUGUCAGCCAUUUUCUUCAACAGUGGCCUGUCAUUAAAAACAGAGGAGUUGACCAGUGCCCUCCUCCAUGUGAAGCUGCAUCUGUUUGUCCAGUCCUUCACCCUGGUCUUCUUCCCUGUUGCCAUGUGGCUCUGUAUCAAACUACUGGCUCUUACCUCAAUCAACACUUGGCUACUCCGAGGGUUACAGACGGUGGGAUGUAUGCCCCCUCCAGUCUCCUCUGCUGUCAUACUCACCAAAGCUGUGGGGGGGAACGAGGCUGCCGCCAUCUUUAACUCUGCCUUCGGAAGCUUCCUGGGAAUAAUAGUGACACCACUGCUACUGUUACUGUUUCUGGGCUCGUCGUCCUCUGUCCCUUUCUCCUCCAUCUUCUCUCAGCUCUUCAUGACGGUGGUCGUUCCUCUCAUCCUAGGACAGGUGUCCCGGCGGUUCCUGAGAGACUGGCUCGAGAGGAGGAAACCUCCGUUUGGAGCCAUCAGUUCUUUGGUUCUCCUGAUGAUCAUUUACACCACCUUCUGUGAGACCUUCUCUAACCCGGAUAUUGAACUGGACCACCUCAGCCUGCUGCUCAUCACCUUCAUCAUAUUCUGCAUCCAGCUGAGCUUCAUGCUGUUGACGUUUGUCUUCUCCACACAGAAACGGUCUGGUUUUACUCCAGCUGACACAGUAGCUAUCAUGUUCUGUGCUACACACAAAUCUCUCACCCUGGGUAUACCCAUGUUAAAGAUCGUUUUUGAGGGGUAUGAGCAUCUCUCUCUGAUCUCCGUCCCUCUCCUCAUCUAUCACCCUGCUCAGAUCCUACUGGGUUCAAUACUGGUACCCACCAUCAAGAGCUGGAUGAACAGCAGACAAAAGCCUAGUAUUUUAUUGCAUUGAUACCUACCUGUCUGGUCUGUGGAGUGAAGUUGACCGACCUACAGCCCAUCUGAAGUGGACUCUCCCCAGUGUGUACACUCAUUCACUCCCCCUCAUGGGGAGUAUCCUUUAAACUGUGACAGAAGGGACUACUUCCUUCCUCUUUAUGUAUCCCUCUGGUGGAAGGAUACAUACAGAAACACAAGUGCCUCGUCACAACCACGUGACUCGUGAACACGUAGUCCUGAGCUUAACGGUUGUGAUGGUUACCAUGACAAAACUUGUAUGAUUUUAAUUCGAUGGUUUACUUUUAUACGGACAUAGAAGUCUCUAUUUUUGUAUCCCCCAUGAAGACGGUGUCCACUUCCUGUGAGACAAGAAGUACUACUGAUCGUCAUCAGGAAGUGAAUUCUGAGACGCCGCCUCCUGCCAUGGACCGGCUGGGGCUUUGUCCUCUUUCUAACUAUCUUUCUGGGGAUGUUACAUUCUCUUUGUUAUUAACAUCUUGGAUGUUACAUUCUCUUUGUUAUUAUCAUCUUUGAUGUUACAAGACUCUUUUCUGACAAUCAGUUUAUUAUGGUUUUGAACAAUGACUAGUUUACUGAUAAUUUCUAAUGCUUGUUUAGACUUUUGCCGGGGGGGAGGGGUUAUAUAUAUAUAUAUAUUUUUAAAACAUUAUUACCAUAGUUGAAGGACAGACACCUGGUGAUGUCUCCCUGUCUGUAUUCUAGGGGAGGAUAACGUGAAGUGUCUGAAUUGCCAUCCUAUUUACUGUUAAAGUGCACUACAUUUGACCAAGGCCCGGCCAUCGGUAGCACACUACAUAGAGAAUAGGGUGCCAUUUCAGACACUGAAUAAACUCCGGUGGGGGGUGGGGGGGGGGGGGUCU